AUGGGGGAGAAGGUGCCAUGGCUGCGGUGGGUCGACGUCCUGACGGGACUGGAGCGGAAGACGAGGCGCGCGUUCGAGGAGAUGGAUGGACUGCUCGAGCGGGUCAUCACGGACCAUCGCCAAAAGAGCGGCGCCGGGGACAACGACCAGCGUGACUUCGUGGACGUGCUGUUAGGGGCCAACGAGCUCGACACGAACGGCAUCAAGGCCAUCAUCCUGGACAUGCUUGCCGCCGCCACGGAUUCAACGUUCACGUUGCUGGAAUGGGCCAUGGCGGAGCUCAUCAACCACCCGCAAGAAAUGCGCAAGCUCCAGGACGAGGUCCGCACGGCCGUCGGCGACGCCGGCCACGUCACCGAGGAUCAUCUGCCGGAUCUACGCUACCUGAAGGCCGUCGUCAAGGAGACCCUCCGGCUCCACCCUCCCACGCCGCUCCUCCUGCCCCGGGAGACGGUCGAGGACACCCAGCUGCUCGGCUACCACGUCCCGGCAGGCACGCGGGUGCUGAUCCACGCCUGGGCCAUCGGCCGUGACCCGGCGACGUGGGGCGACCGCGCCGAGGAGUUCGUGCCGGAGAGGUUCUUGGAGUACACCCACGAGAUGGGGCAAGACUUCGCGUUCUUGCCCUUCGGCACCGGGAGGAGAGGUUGCCCCGGGGUCAAGUUCGCCAUGCCGUCCAACGAGCUGGCCCUCGCGAGCCUGGUGUACCAUUUCGACUGGGAGCUAGCCGGCGGGAGGAAGCCGCCCGUGGACAUGACCGAGCUGCACGGGCUCUCCGUGCGCCUGAAGACGCCUCUGCUUCUGGCUGCUAAACCGUGGUCAGGCCGUGGUGUCGAAUGA